AUGAAGAUUCUCCUUAUCCUUUACGACGCCGGCUCCCACGCUGCUGACGAACCCAAGCUGCUAGGUUGCACCGAGAACGAGCUCGGCAUCCGAUCCUGGCUCGAGUCCCAGGGCCAUACCCUGGUCACCACCUCUUCCAAGGAGGGUGCUGACUCUGUUCUCGACAAGGAGAUUGUUGAUGCCGAUGUUGUCAUCACCACUCCCUUCCACCCCGGCUACAUCACCCGAGAGCGAAUUGCCAAGGCCAAGAACCUCAAGAUCUGUGUCACUGCCGGUGUUGGCUCUGACCACGUUGAUCUUGCUGCCGCCAACGAGAGAAACAUUGCCGUGCUCGAGGUCACUGGUUCCAACGUGACUUCUGUUGCUGAGCACGUUGUCAUGACCAUGCUUGUUCUUGUCCGAAACUUCGUGCCUGCCAACGAGCAGGUUCGAGGCGGCGGCUGGGACGUUGCCGGUGUUGCCAAGGAUUCCUACGAUAUUGAGGGUAAGGUCAUUGGUACCGUCGGAGUCGGCCGAAUCGGCAAGCGAGUGCUCCAGCGACUCAAGCCCUUCGACCCCAAGGAGCUGCUCUACUACGACUAUCAGCCUCUGUCUGCUGCCGACGAGAAGGAGAUUGGCGCCCGACGAGUUGAGAAGCUCGAGGACAUGCUUGCCCAGUGUGAUGUUGUCACCAUCAACUGCCCCCUGCACGAAUCCACCAAGGGUCUCUUUAACAAGGAGCUGCUGUCCCACAUGAAGAAGGGCGCCUGGCUCGUCAACACCGCUCGAGGAGCCAUCUGUGUAAAGGAGGACGUUGCCGCCGCUCUCAAGUCUGGUCAGCUCCGAGGCUACGGCGGAGAUGUCUGGUUCCCCCAGCCUGCCCCUGCUGACCACCCCUGGAGAAAGAUGGUCAACAAGUACGGUGCCGGUAACGCCAUGACCCCCCACAUGUCUGGAACCUCUCUGGACGCCCAGGCCCGAUACGCUGCUGGUGUCAAGCAGAUUCUCGACGAGUUCUUCUCCGGCCGAGAACAGUACCGACCCCAGGACAUUAUCUGCUACGGUGGUAACUACGGCACCAAGGCCUACGGAGACGACAAGAAGGUCGUCGACAAGAAGUAA